CGCGGUCCAAAUCACCAAUAAAAUGCCCAUCUUCUUCAUUAGGGUUUCGCAGCCAUUUCUUGGUUUAUCGCGCUUUCAUCAGUGCUUCAAGCUUUCUUUAUAUAUGUCUAGGCGGCUUAAUUAGGAUGUCUUCACAUUCAAUUUGGACUUAAUUCUAUACGCUGUAAUCAAAAUUUGCGCCCUUAAUUGGGGGUUUUUUGUUUUGUCAUGUGAUAAUGCCCGCGACGGAUUAUCAGGGUUCCUCUGCGUCGUUUGGUCGUUCUAUUUUGAGUCUCCGCCGUGACCAGGUUCAUUCCAUGGAAGCCACGCAUGAGGCAUCUGGUCAUGAGUUGGAGCUUGAAGCUUUUCAAAGGAAUGUAACGGAGCGGUUCGUGGAUCUGUUUUCUGUCGGUUCGGAUGAUUUACUUUCGCUAUCUUGGAUCAGGAAGCUGCUCGAUUGUUUCCUGGGUUGUCAGGAGGAGUUUAGAGUUAUUUUGUUGAACAACAGAUCCCACGUUUGUAAGCCACCUGUGGAUCGGUUGAUCCAUGACUUCUUUGAGCGGUGCGUGAAGGCUUUGGAUCUUUGUAAUGCUAUUCGAGAUGGAAUUGAACAGAUCAGAGAGUGGAAGAAGCUAAUUGAGAUUGUUCUCUGCGCUUUGGGCAAUCAGAAAAUGCUUGGGGAAGGACAGUUCCGUCGUGCUAAGAAGGCGUUGGUUGAUUUGGCUAUUUCAAUGCUCGACGAGAGGGAAUCUACAGCUGCUAUGGCUCAGCGAAACCGCUCCUUUGGCCGCCAAAAUGCGGCGUCUUCUAGAGACCAGCAUCAUCGGAAUUUUGGCCAUUUUAGAUCCUUGUCGUGGAGUGUGUCACGGUCUUGGUCCGCUGCAAGACAGCUCCAGGCGAUUGGGAAUAAUUUGGCAGCACCCAAAGCCAAUGAAAUUGUCGCUACUAAUGGAAUUGCGGUGACUGUUUAUACCAUGAACUCAAUUUUAUUGUUUGUAAUGUGGGCUUUGGUGGCAGCAAUACCUUGCCAGGACAGAGGGUUGCAAGUGCAUUUUUCGAUUCCUAGGCAUUUUCAAUGGGCUGCAGCAAUGUUGUCAUUGCACGAGAGGGUGCUGGAGGAGUCAAGAAAGCGGGAUAGGAAGAAUGCUUGUGGGCUGUUAAGGGAGAUUUAUCUGGUAGAUAAGUGUACUAAAAGUUUGGCUGAAUUGGCUGAUUCUAUUCAAUACCCUUUGACAGAGGAAAGAGAGGCAGAGGUGAGGCUCAGAGUGCAAGAGUUGGGAAGGGUUUGUGAGGUAAUAAAUGAAGGGUUGGAUCCAUUGGAGAGACAGAUUAGAGAAGUAUUUCACAGGAUUGUUCAUAGCCGGACUGAAGGGCUUGAGGCUCUGGGUAGAGUGAACCACAACGAUUGAUGUCAUGAUUGUGGGUGCUAAACAAGAGACGUAAAGAGGAUGAUUUGAGGCACGGGCUUAAAAAUAAAAGGGUAUGGAAGCAAAAAAAAAGGAAAAGAAAGAAGAGUAUUUAUUAACAAAUAUAUCGUGUAAAGCAAAUGUAGGAUAUGGAAAUUCAGACUCUUGUUCUCCAUGGUGCUGAUCUCCAGCUUUUCAUUGCCAUUGUAUAAUCAAAAUUUCCCAGUAAAUUACAUCUUGCAACUGUAGCUGACUUCGUGUUCUUGAUUUUGACUCCUUCCCUUUUUGUUUGUUAAGGGUAUACAUACUAUUGUACAUUGCGAGAGAUGUUGCUAUUGCUUUUUUUUAUUGUUAUUAUUAUUAUUUA